GAAUCCGUUCUCUCUGGGAUGUGUCGCUUUGGAAAUCUGUCUUUGUUGCUCUGGGAGAGAGGACUCCUGGAAUGUGUCUGUGAAUAAAGACUAGCCGAAGGUGUGAAGUGACUAGAUGGGAGCAAAGGAGGAAAACUAGGGAAUGGAAGAUACUGUGGCCUCAUGAAUAGGAAUGUCUGCCCAUAUGUCAGGAUUGGAAAUAAUGGAUGAAGAUCAAUUAAUCAAAGAAGUCUUGGAUAAAUUCCUUAAAUGUCAUGAGCAAACAUAUGAUGAAGAAUUUCUGAACACUUUCACUCAUCUUUCACAAGAGGAUCAUGUGUCCAAAAAGGGAGUGUUUGGAACUGAUUCUUCAGAAAACAUUUUUACCUCAGCAAAAGUUACUCAUAAAAAUGAAGCAAAUGACUACCACCUUAGAAAUAAAACCAUCUUUCUUCAUACUUCAUCACAAUGUUUGAAAGAACAGGUAGAUAAUUUCCUAGAUUUAGAAGAUUUGGACGUGGAUGAAGAGAUUAAACCCCAAAUGAGUGAGGAUUUGCUGCUGCUUCCGGGAGAAGUGGAGCAGGAUGUAAGCACCAGCAUUCCUUCCUGUAUCCCUUUUGUGGCCCAGCCUCCUACCUGUGAAGUGAAGCCAAAGCCCACUGUAAAAAGAAUGGACAAACAGACGGAAGAGAUACUUGGAGAUGAAGUUCAAGCCUUUUCACUUGAUGAAGAAUUUGAUUAUGACAAUGUGACGCUAACCUCCAAGUUUAGUCCUGCAGAGAUAGAGACCAUCAAAGAGCUAUGCAAGCAGAAGAGAAAGGACACCAGCCCAGACUUAGAGGAACCCUGUGACUGAUUCACAGAGGCAUGUUUUGUGUGUGUGCUUAUUUUAAUUUUGUUCUUAUUCAAGCAACAUUAGAAUAAAAGAUAAACCUACUAUAAUUCCCUUUGUGGAAAUUUA